UCGAUCUGGACAGGGCCACUACAGCACAAGCAAGGGGUGGGCGCGAGCAACUCUAUGGAUCCACACACGUCUACAGCCCAUACAUAGAUGACAGGCCUGCAAGGAAAGGAGCAGAAGAAAACAUGCUUGGCUGUUUGUUUCCAGGAAGUAACGAUCAAAGAAGAAGAGUUAGAUGCUGCUUUGAUGGUAAACAUAUGCUUUAUUUUGGGAAGCAUAUGUUCUUGGUGCUUAAUAGCUUUGCAUUAACCUUCAAGAGUUGCGUCCACAGUGGAGGCGCAAAUCAAGAAGGUUGACUGAGGAGAUGAGGUUGGGUGCCGAGCACAUGGCAGGAUGAAGGUGCAGGCCUGUGUUUUUUUGGAUGGCAGCGGCAUACUACUUCAAUGAAUAAGAUAUCAUGCCUUUGUUUUUUUUGCUCUGCUUUGCUUUUUAAAAGAAAUAUAAAUAAGAUAUCAUAAACUGAUAUCAUGCCUUUGUUUUGGCCUAUAAACCUACCAUACAAUGUAAUAUAUAAUGCUAUGUAUGAUCAUCAUACACAAAUAUCUAUUUCCUUGUGUUUCAGAGAUUCUAUGAUCGGUCUCUAAAUAUUGUUACUUGCAUGGUUUGAGUGUUUGGUUCACUCUCGCCUUUUGCGCCAUUGGCAUAAUAG